CCGCGAAAACCACCCUGGCGCAUGUACAUGACGGCAAAACCCAGCGACGAGCUUAUUAGCCGCUAGCUGAGUAACGGCUAUUCGAAGGAGUCGAGCUGACGUGAACUCACUUUCCGUUGCCGGGAUAAUCCGCGACUGAAACCCGGAGACAGCAGGUCUCUCUUCCUCAGUGAGCACAGAGAGGUCUGAGCCUCUGUCACCAUGACAGACAACAAGCGCCUCGCCUUCUCCAUCAUCCAGUUCCUCCACGAUCAGCUACAUUCAGGGAAUCUGUCCUCAGGCGCUCAGGAGAGUCUUGAAGUUGCUGUUCAGUGUUUGGAGACGGCCUUUGAAGUUUCCACCGAUGACCAAAGUCUCGCCGUCCCCAUAACGUUACCAGAGAUCUUUGCCUCAGCCACAGCAAAGUUUCCAGCUCAGUCGGCAGCCAACAACAAUUCCACCCCAGACUCCCCCUCUGAGGAACAGAGAGCCGAGGCAGAGAGGCUCAAAAGUGACGGUAAUGAUCAAAUGAAGGUGGAGAACUUUGCAGCUGCUGUUGAGUUUUACUCGAAGGCCAUCGCAAUCAACCCUCAGAAUGCGGUCUACUACUGCAACAGGGCUGCAGGUUACAGUAAACUAGGGAACUACGCUGGAGCUGUGCAGGACUGCGAACAGGCCAUCAGCAUUGACCCCAACUACAGCAAAGCAUACGGACGAAUGGGUUUGGCUCUGGCCAGCCUCAACAAACACACAGAAGCAGUCAGUUACUAUAAGAAAGCACUGGAGCUGGACCCCGACAAUGACACCUAUAAAACCAACCUGAAAAUUGCUGAGGAGAAGAUGGAGACGUCCAGUCCGACUGCAGGAAUGGGUGGAGUCGAUCUGGCUGGUUUGCUCAGUAACCCUGGCUUCAUGAACAUGGCGUCAUCUCUGAUGAACAACCCUCAGGUUCAGCAGCUGAUGUCAGGGAUGAUGUCAGGAGCAUACGGCGGGAUGGGACAAGGAGGAGGAGGAGGUGGUGGUGGUGGUGGAGGUGGUGCAGGAGGUGCAGGAGGUGCAGGAGGUCCAGUGCCCGGAGCUGCAUCAGCUGGAGAUCUAUCAGGACUCAUCCAGGCCGGUCAGCAGUUCGCUCAGCAGAUGCAGCAGCAGAAUCCCGAACUCAUUGAACAGCUGAGGAGUCAAAUCCGCAACCGAACGCCCAGCGCCGGGAACGAGGAGCAGCCGUGACACUCAAUUAAAUAGGUUUGUAGGAGGAGGAGGAGGAGACAUACGCACCGUCUGACCUUUUUUCUGUCUGACCUGGAUCAUUAUCACUCGAAGGACUAAAAGGAAGUUUUGUUUUUCCAUCACUGAAUAAUUCCUGCAUGAGAGAGAGUUGGAGCGAGGUGUCCCACUUUAUUCAGGAGCCACGUCACCAAAAACUCCGCCCACUUCCUGCGGCUCUGUGUGGUUUUUAGGAGGAAUGUGUCAAAAUCAAAUUAAUGCUAAUCAGUGAAGUUCUAAUAGGAACCUGGAUCUCGAUGUUAAACAGAUGUAGAGGCUUGAAAAUGUCUGGCUUUCCCCUAAAAACUACACAGUGUGACUUUAAAUGCAUUAUGUUGGUCCAGUACCGUGAUUAUGAUGGAGUGUGUGUCUGUGAAUGAAUGACUGUCUGGGUAAAAUUAGUGUAAAUAAACUAAUAACUCCUCGGUCACAUGGAGCUGUGAGGAGGCAGCAGGAGGCUGUUUGGACACAGUUUAAUUAAAGAGAGCAUCUCAACAUUUUA